CACCGACGGACAUCACUGGAAUCGAUCUGGCGCCGGACAUCACUGGAAUCGAUCUGGCGGGGGCGCGAGGCGGCUGCUGCUGGCGCCGUCCACCUCCUGCGCCUCUCAUGCUUCUCAGCCUCACCGCCCACCACCAUGACGCACCUCCACCUCAACGUCCUCUCUGCCCCUUGCCCGUCUCCUCAACCGCCGAGCUCGGCAAGCACGCCGUCGAUGUCGUCCGUCUACGGACGCCUCUCCUGCGUCCUCGUCUAACACCGCAGUUCGAGCACUCCCAUCACCGCCACCUCCCCGUGCUCCUCGUCAUCCCCUCCACUCCUCCCCAUCUCCUUUGUUACCAGCCACCAAAGUACGCCGCCGGCGCCGUCAGUGCCACAACGCCUCUCCUACCUCCACCCUUUAUUGAUCCAGCAGCCAUACUUCCCACUCCCACCACCUCCACUUCCUCAUCGCCGUCUCCUCCGACACUGACAUCUGCAGCUAUUUCUGAAUUUCAGGGUUGUGGCAGCAAGGGCGAGGUGCAUGAUAGUGACACAAAGAUGGGCGAGCACGGGGAAUGUAGGAACAUGCAAGGUGUUGUGCCGCAGUUACUGCUGCAAGGAUGACUAUGGCGGCAACUGUUUGCACAAUAACUAAUUCAUGGCAUAGGUGAGGAUGAUGUUUUUUAUUUAUCAGUAGUCAUAUUUGUCAGAUUAAGAUCCACAUGUAAUCAUUCCAGCACCUCGUAUCGUAAGAACUAGCCUAAAAUGAUUAUGCUUGAUCUUUUAAGCCAGCUGGUAUUUUUUUACAGAAAAUAUUUUUCACCAAGGAAGGUAAUUAUAAUAAGCAUCAGCGUCAGCAUGAUUUUUUUAAAGAUAAACUGAAGUAUGUUAAAAUAUAGUCAGGAGAUCCUGAUCUUACUAAGUGCAGAGUUCCCCAAGAAUAUAGUCAGAACAUUAUUUUUUAUGUUUUGCUCAAGUAGCAAGCAGUAGCAGGCAGUAGGUGACUUUGGUUUUCAUCGUGUUACAGUCAAUCCCUGCUUUAUCUAAUGUAAGAAGCAGGUGAAAGUUUGUUCAACUAAGUAGUAAUCCAAUGAUAUAUAUACAGCAAAGGUUUCCUGCCAGGACCAUUGCCUCCAGUUUCUUGAUGUACGUUGACCAUUUAUUUCUAAGAUGUAACAUAUACCAAGGCACCUAUCUGAUACACUGAGAGGGUGUGGUGAGUGGAGUGGAGGUAUGUGGUGCACUGAGAGGGUGAAGUAGAGCCUGAAAGUUUGUCCGAUUUCCUGCGCUUGGGGACGCACUGCUAUGUAGAAAAGUUGGAUACUAUGAUUUUGUAUAGUGAUGGGAGAUAGUCUUCGAUACUCUACUUUGUGGCGGGGGAGAUAUAUGUCAUGUUACUGCUGUCAUAUUCUUGUGUGUCUAAGCUUAAUACUAAUUGAUUAGACUGUUAAUUUUCUGCGAUGCAACUUCAUGACGACGCGUUUCUCGUGUCGAGGCAUGUAUGUUUCAUGAGACUAUUGGUUUUAAGAAACAAAAUCAUGUGAUAUUUUUCAUUGGUAAUGCAGUGCACAAUAAAGACCUGAUUUUAAUUUGUACCACUCUAUUUUGUGCAUUAGAUUGGUAAGGCUCACCUUCUGUUUUUUUUACCCUUUCUUCUUUUGUUCCCCAAAAGGACACAUUACUAGGUCCCUUGUUUUUUUUUAAAUAAAAACACCUCUUUAUUCAUUCGUAUAC